AUGAAGGUGACCCUGUGCUCCGGCCUCCCCCUCGCCCUGGCGGUGACCUGCUGCCUGUGCCGGCCAGCGGCCCCGGGCACCGCGGGGGACCCUCACCAGCACCCCAACAGCCUGGCCCGGCGGGACUGGCCCGGGUACCUGUCCCAGGAGCAGCAGCACCUCCUGUCCCAGUUCCUGCCCCAUGUCCUCACAGAGUUGAACAACCACAAGGACUACGUGCAGGGGGUCGAGGGGGUGGAGGCCCUGCACGACUACUACUACCCCGACUGGAUGGACUUCGGCCGCCGCAGCGCUGAGGACGCGGCCAAUGCCGUUUAG